AUGGGCUCUCACGAAAAUAUAGUGCUCAAUGGCGCCAUCAACGGUGUACAAAGCCUGGGCCAGCUGCAGACCGAGGCCUCCAGCCCGUUGGCACGCACCAUCGGCUCCCUCGAUACCCAGGCCCUAUGCGCCGCAUUCAAUAGCGAAGAAGCACGGGUAUCACCUGCCGUUGCGCAGUGCGUGCCGACGAUUGCGGCACUGAUCGAUGAUCUCGUCCCGCGACUCAAGGCCGGCGGCAGGCUCAUCUAUGUCGGCGCCGGCAAUAGCGGGCGAGUAGGGUUUAUGGACUGCAGCGAACUGCCCGUGACCUUCUCGGCGCAGCCAGAACAGUUCCUGACCGUUGUGGCCGGUGGUGCUGAGGCGAUUAUCCGGGCACGAGAGGGCGCAGAGGAUUUCGAGCAAGAUGGCAUCGCGGAGCUGGAAGCCAUGCAAUUGACCGCUGACGAUACGGUUAUAGGCAUUUCCGCAUCAGGACGAACGCCUUUUGUCCUCGGGGCGCUGAGAGUAGCACUGAAGAAGGGAAACGUGCUGACGGCUGGCAUCACCAACGUGCAUCCUUCUGCUAUCGGCAGGCUGGGAGUCAAGCACUGUAUUUCAGCACUGGUCGGCCCCGAAUUUCUGGCUGGGAGCACCAGAUUGAAGGCUGGCAGUGCCGCAAAGCAAAUCCUCAACAUGAUCAGUACUUGCUCCAUGGUCAGGCUAGGAAAGACGUACAAGGGCCUAAUGGUCGAUGUGCGGGUGAAGAACCACAAACUCAAGGCUCGCGGGAGAAGAAUAGUACGCCAAGUGUGCGAGGGAUCCGCCAUGUACGUUGUCGAUGAGAAGGGGAUCCCUUCACCAGAUGCCAUCAGGAUGCCCGAAGAUAAGGACGGUGAUGCAAAACUCGACGUGCUCAUCGAGAAAUGCGGAGGAAGCGUCAAGCUAGCCUGUGCUGUUGCGAUUUCUGGUCUCUCUCCAGCUGCUGCAAAGGAUCAUCUCGACUCGGUAGACGGACACUUGAGCCUUUUCGUCGAUAAAAUCAGCGCUGUUCCUACCAAAAACCGCAUUCCGAUAGGAAAUACGUCAGACCAAGAAUAUUUCCUCUCCAUCGACGGCGGUGGAACAAACUGCAAGGUUUCCAUUGCAACCAAAACCGGCAUUGUUGCCCGCGCUUCCUCAGGCGCGUGUAAUGUCAACUCGGUCUCCAUCGACGAGUUGAUGGAGAAUAUCAGAUUGGCCACCGCACGAGCCGUUGAACUUAUUCCAGACCGUAUCUUGCAAACCGACAAUCCCCUUCGAUUUACCAAAGUAUGGGCAGGCUUAUCCGGACUGUACUUCGCAUACGACCGCGAGACAGUAGCGAGCGGGCUCGAAAAGCUAUUCAACGCUUCCGUAGAAGCGGGCAGUCUCAUAUUAUCCAGCGACGAUGCCCUACUAAAAUCAUACAUUAGCAUCGACGAUAACGUUGACGGCGGAAUUUCCGUGAUCGCAGGAACCGGAGCAGUGGCUACGGCAUUCAAGAAGUCCACAGCCACCGGCGAGGUCGUCCGUGUUGGCCGUACAGGCGGCUGGGGCUGUCUUCUGGGGGACCAAGGCAGCGCAUUUGACAUCGGGAAACGAGCGGUGCAGGCUAUGCUGGCAGGCAUAGAAGAGAGACAAGGCGAGGGCAGCACUGCGUCAAGACAGAACCAAUGCACACCUCUCGAAGCAGAGAUCUUAUCCCGGCUCAACUGUAGUCAGGCGGAACUGCUUCCGUAUCUCCUGCACGGAGGCACGACUGGCGAGCAGCCCAAGAAUCGAAUUGCCAGUCUUGCAACAGUAGUCACACAGCUGGGUUUCCGAGAAGAGGGCCAGGGUCCGGACGUGCGGGCCCUUGCUAUUCUGAAAGAUGCCGCGCGGGCAUUGGCAAAGACCAUCAAGCCGCUGACAACGAAGCAGAUCUGCGAGCCGAGUAGUAGCGUACUGGUACUGGCGGGUGGGCUAAUGAAGCUGCCUCAAUACAGAGCGUUGGUGCUGGAGGAAUGCUCUGCAGAGGGCAUAAUGCCUUUCAAGAAAAUCGUGGUAGUCGAUGAUGCAUCUGGACCAGCGGCGCAGCUUCUGGCCAGCAGUACGCGGAAGCGAAAACGCAAUUACGGCCCUGAAGAUGUCUAA